GCCACUUCACGUUGGAUCAUCAUCGGUGUGUUGAUGAGUUGCUCUAUCGUCUCUCCAACUACAAGCAAGGAUCCCUCCCAAUUCCUAUAUAUACCCUCCAAUUCUUGGCCUGCCUUGUCCCAGACCAAGAGACCGGCAAUCUCGGCAACCCAGGGAACAUCCAGCGACCAGAAGCUCAUGCGAUAUGAUAUUCCACACCUUGAUAUCGACAGCAUUGCUCCUGUCUUUUCGGACGUUUGGAACUCGAGCUGCCGAUAAUAACAAUAUCAUACCGGAUGAUGUGAGGGCAAUAGAGCUUAGAACCCAUAGCCUGAAUGCUCCAUAUUUAGAUAAUGAAAUGCAAAGUCGCUGGUUCGAUUUUGGGGCGGACACUGUGGUGCGGACAGACCAAUAUGUCCGACUGACGGGAGAAUUGCCUUCACGCUCAGGAUGGUUGUGGUCUCGAGUUCCCUUGACCGCAACCAACUGGCAGAUCGUUGUGGAGUUUAAGAUCCAUGGCACUGGCACGCUUUACGGCGACGGCAUGGCCAUGUGGUUGACGAAACAACGCGCUCAGCAAGGGGCCGUCUUCGGUAGCAUGGACAAAUUCGACGGCCUCGGCAUUUUCUUUGAUACGUACAAGAACAAUCGACCAGGGACCGUGUUCCCAUAUGUCAUGGCCAUGAUGGGCGAUGGACAGACCAGCUAUGAUAAACACAAUGACGGCAAGGCGAAUGAGUUAGCCGGGUGCAGCGUACGCGGUAUUCGAAACCAGAACAUCCCCACCAAACUUCGCCUUACCUAUCUCCAAGAUAAACACCUGGUUCUUGAUCUUCAGUACAAAGAUGAGUAUGAGUGGACUUCGUGCUUCACGAUCCCCGACGUCAAGAUCCCUGGCGUAGCGUAUCUAGGCUUCUCCGCCGAGACAGGAGAAUUGGCCGAUAACCACGACAUAAUCUCCAUAUCCACAAAGAACUUGUAUUCUCCGGGCCCAGGAGACGAUGCACAUAGUGCGCCGAAGGGAUCGACCAAGCCGUCGCUCAAGGCCAACCGGGAAAAACGGGGAUCUUGGUUUGGGUUGUUCUUCAAGUUCCUUUUGUUCGGCUGUGUUGUUGCAGGUUGUUACGUGGGUUUUACGAUGUACAGGACAUCAAGAGCGUCAUCCCGGUUUUGAGUAUCCCGCAUGUCGCAACGAGUUUGAGCGUCGUAUCUGCAUUUAGCGAGGAAUAACAUCUCUUUUUCACUGCAAGAGUG